AUGGUUACAGAAGGAGAAAACUUACCUUUCAAUGGAGUUCUUCAUGCUCUUACUGCAACAAUCUUUGUUCUUUUCUUGGUAGGAGCGGCUGAAGGCAUAGUGAUGGGCGAAGCACCGGUAGGAGGGAUAACAACAAAGAGUUCUUACUUUUAUAAUUCACUGGUUGAUAGAAGAAAUGUUCUAUCUAUUCACAUGCACCACUCUUUUCUGGAGAAGAAGCCAAAACGUAAACGUAACAAGAAGAGUAAAGUUGGAGAAAACACUGCAAAUAAAAUGAACAAAAAGAGGAAGCUUAGUGAAAAACAAAUGAUUUUGUUGGAAGAACACUUUGGGAAUGAACACAAACUUGAGUCAGAAAGAAAGAUAAACUUGCAAUGGAACUUGGUUUGGAUGUUUCUUCUAUGGUGUUCUUGA